CGGGCGGCAGUCCACCCCUCCCAGGAGCCGCUGUCCAAGAUGGCGGACCUCCACCGCCAACUACAAGAGUAUCUGGCGCAGGGGAAAGCGGGUGGGCAGGCGGCUGCUGAGCCACUGCUAGCCACAGGAGAGAAGGAGGAGCCCGAGGCGGGGGCCGGAGCGACGGGGGCGUGGUUGGGCCGCGCAGGCCUGCGUUGGACCUGGGCGCAGAGCCCUGCGGAGCCGGCGGCGGCGGCAGCAGGACCGACGUGCUUGCCAAGCCUGACGCGCACUCAGCGGCUGGUGGCGAGCGGGGUGUGCCUGCUAAUGGCCGCGCUCUGCUUCGGCCUUGCUGCACUCUACGCGCCCGUGUUGCUGCUGCGCGCCCGCAAGUUCGCGCUGCUCUGGUCCCUGGGCUCGGUGCUGGCCCUAGCGGGCGGCAUGAUCCUGCGGGGCGGCGCUGCUUGCGAACGUUUGCUGCGCGGCGAGGAGGUGCCGUCGCGGCCGGCGCUGCUCUACGUGGCCGCGCUGGGAACUACGCUGUACGCGGCACUGGGUCUGCGCAGUACGUUGCUCACGGCGCUGGGCGCCUGCGCGCAGGUGGCCGCGCUGCUGGCUGGGCUCUGCGGACUGCUGCCCCGGGGCACAGGCACGGCGCUGCGCCUCACUCUUGGGCGCCUGGGCCCGGGCGCCGCCCUCGCCAAGGCGCUACCUGUGUGAGAGGCCUGGGGCCCGCACCAUCGGAAAGGACGCAUCGUCUGCUCCGGGACUCGCUGUCGGGAGAUCACGCCAAGCCAGCCGCCGGAGCCCAGCGCCUGCCGAGCCGAGGACUGCAACCUCCGGUUCCCAGACCGCGCGGAGCAAAUGCUCCUUGCCAGAGAAUCUGUAAACGCUGAGCGGCUGUUAAAAACUGAGACUUGAGCAGUUUCGGAAGAUCCUCGAUUUCAGCGUUUUGUGCUAUACUCGAGAGCACGUGCUGUGAAAACCAGAUUUUGUUCUUAAAUUGGCGAUACGCUGUGAAAUAUUUAAUGAGAAAUUGCUUUUAUGUUAACCGUGGUCUUACAUUACACGCAGUAAAAAUUGCUCUUCAGUUUUAAUUAGUACUGCCCUUAGUACUUUUCUUAGACUUCUUAUUCGUUUUAUCCUUUAAAACAUCCAGUGCAGCAGUUUAGCUACAGUAAACUUGUUUUCUUUGGCUCUUGGAAAUUUUUUUCUUUAUUUUGCAGUAUGAGUGGAUCCGUGAGUUCAACGCUGACUUUGGCUACUGGGACAUUUUAAAAGUGCUUUAAUUAA